AUGAUUUUACAAUAAAUUUAAGACUAUCCUAUAUUUCAAUCAUUUCUAUAUGUUUUAGGACUAUUAGUAUUACUUAAAUUAGUGAAUGUAAUAACUUUUAUAUGGAAAUUGAUACGUCCAAACACUAAUCUAUAGAAAUAUGGAAUUGGAUCAUGGAUCUUAAUUACAGGAGCAUCAGAUGGUAUAGGAAAGCAAUUGGCUAUUCAAUUUUCAUAGAAAGGAUUCAAGAUAAUUCUUGUAGCUCGUAACAGAUAAAAAUUAGAAGCAGUAGCAAAACAAUUAACAACAGAAUCACUUAUUAUUGUGUCUGACUUUUCUUAAUCAACAAAUAAAAAUAUAUUUGAUCAAAUUAUGGAUAAAGUUGGAGAGAGAGAUGUCAGUAUAUUAGUUAAUAAUGUUGGAGUUGAUGUACUUAAUAAAUUUCACUUGCUUUCUGAUGAAGAAAUAUAUAAUACAAUAACAGUUAAUUGUUUUCCAAUCACUAUGCUUUGUAAAAGAUUUAUCCCUAGAUUUUUGAAAAGAAAUUAAUAUAAAUCAGCAAUUGUUAAUGUAACAUCUUUAGCAGGAAAGUUUCCAACUCCAUAUUUUAAUGUAUAUAGUGCUACCAAAGCAUUUGGAGAAUUCUUAACCACUACAAUAAAUGCUGAAUAUCCAGAACUAGAAGUUUUCUCUUUAAGUCCAGGUGAAGUCUCAACCAAUAUGACAUAAAAUAGACCUCCAAGUUUUCUUACAAUAUCUGCUUCAGAUUGUGCUAAUGGUUUACUAAAAAGGAUGGGAUCAAAUACAAGUGGACAUUGGAAUCAUGAAAUUUAAGCAGAAUUUCAAAAAAUUGUUCCUUCUUGUUUCUAUAAUUUCGUCUUGAUUAAGGUUUAAAAAAUAAUUCAUAUAAUUUUAGAUUCUAGCACCAAAAUGGUUAAAGGAAAGAUCUUAAAAUUAGAAUUAUAAAAAAUUUAAUUGA